UAAAAGUGUUGGCAGCAUAAUCUUAUAGAUCGCAUUAUUUGACAGAACACCGGUAUUCCCCUGUUGGUAAAAUGAAAGCCAGCGCGUGCUGUUGCCGCCAGGGGAUUGGAGCAAUGACUUGUCAGUAAAGUCACCCACCCUCUGAGUAUCUCAGACAGAGUUAGUAGUGUUUGAGACACAGAGCAAGGCGGCGAGACACUGGGAUAACUGAUUUAACCAGACCGGGACAGAACGACACAUAAGUGCGAGGGAGAUGGAGGAGGAGAUGCUACCGGCAGACGAAGGUCUCUCUGCGCCCAAAAUCUGCAGGCAGCAGCAGCAGCGGAGUCCGUACAGCUCCCUCAAGACCUUCCCGAGCAAGCGCGCGGCGGCCAAGGCGAGAUAUGACAGACCCACAAUGGUGGACAUCCCGCAGCUCGGAGACCAUCCCCAUCAUCUCAGUCAUCAUCAGCAGCAGCAGCAGUAUUCACAGCGCGUGCCGCUUCCGCCAGCGUCCCUCUCCAUCAUUAGCAGUCAGCAGCACCGUCUCCCCUGCGAAAUCAGGCCCAGCAGCAGAGUCGCGACAUCCAGCGCGGCAUCAGCGGGGAGCGCCACGGCGACAGCAUCAUUUGGCAGCCAGAGGAGGGUCUCCGGCCAGGAGCCCGGGAGAUACCCGGCGGGGCGCGCCGAGCUCAGCCACCAGGCUCCAGACUGCUCCUAUGGAAUAAGCUCAGAAAACCGGCUCAUAUUGGAUGCUUUUGCCCAGCAGUGCAGUCGGGUACUCAGCCUCCUUAACAGCAACGGACGGCUCCUUGAGCCCCAGCCUUCCCUCGUCCCUGCAUCCUCUUCCAUCUCCUCUCUAAUAAAACAGGAGAACAGCUGCCUUUCUCCAGGAGAGAGGCUCAGUUCUGAGCCCAGAUCAGAGGACUCAUCCCUGGAGAACACAGGUGAGGAGACCCAACGGGGCAACCACUGGAACCAGCAGCAGACUUCCGCUUUCCUCCAGAUCUUCACAGAGUCGCUUCAGAACUACCUGCUCUCUGGACCCCAGUCGUCAGACAGUGAACGGAGUUGCCCGGUAGAGGCUGAACCGGCAGCAUCAGGGUCCCCGAGGCAGAACUUAGGCGGCUGGGCUUCUCCAGCACCUUCCGAGUCAUACGGACACCCCUCUUCCACACUGCCUGAGGAAGAUGAGGAGGAAGGUUGUUGUCCACGCUGCGUGGAGCUGGAACAGGAAGUUCUUAGUCUACAGCAGGAAAAUGAAGAACUGAGACAAAAACUGGACAAUAUACCAGCUCCUUGCCAGAAUGUUCUGGACUUUUUUAAGACUGUUCUUCAGCACUACAACCAAUUUGUGCAGCCCCAGCCUGAAGAGCAGCUUACCGAGGGCAGUAAACAGCUUCUGGGGAACUAUCCUCUCUUCAUCACCAAUAAGCAGUGGGACGAGGCAGUCAACUCCUCGAAAAAAGAUGGCCGGCGGCUCCUGCGUUACCUUAUCCGGUUUGUGUUCACCACAGAUGAGCUCAAAUACUCAUGCGGUCUGGGGAAGAGGAAACGUUCGGUACACACAGGGGAGCCGGGGCCGGAGAGAAGACCUCUCAACCCCGUCAAGGUCACUUGUCUCAGAGAGUUUAUCCGGAUGCACUGUGCUUCUAAUCCUGACUGGUGGAUGCCCUCGGAGGAGCAGAUAAACAAAGUCUUCAGCGAUGCAGUAGGGCACGCGCGGCAGGGCCGGGCUGUAGGCACUUUCCUGGGCAACGGGGGCAGCGGUAGCAGCAGUAGUGGUAGUUUAUACAUGGAGAGCUACGACGGGCAGCUCUCUCAGGAUGAGCUCUAUCUGAAGGGCUCGCAGAAUGGUUUGGGGGACUAAAGAAGAAAAAUCCGUCCAGAUCAUGGAUCAAGGUGAGGAGUGAGCCCUCCGGAUCGGCUCAUACAGAAAUUGCAGCACUUAUAACGUGGUUUGUGUAUGAAUAUAAUCUUAUUCCUUCCUGUCAAACCAUUCCAGGGCAUUCAUACCUACCCACUAAAUUAUGUGGGAUUCUUCCAAGCUUAAACGGUUAGUGGUCACUAGGCAGCAGAGUUCAGUUCUACACAGUAUCAGAUUGAUUAUACGCUCCAUUUCGCAUUUCAUUUCAUCGAAUGUGAUCCACUAUAGCAACAUGAAUGUAUCCAUGUUACUCCACUGUAAAUAAUGAGAGCUUCCUUUCUUGCGUCGGAUUGGUCAGAUGUUCAUAAAGACAGCCUGCAAAUGAGGUGCUAAUAUGAUUUUCUGUUAUUCUCUCUGAUAUGGUUCGAUUUAAAGUUCUGCCCUCUAUUUUAUCAUAUGAUGUUGAAUAAUCUAUGACGUUUAUAAAAACGUGAUUUUGCAAAAUCAGUUUCAUAUAGUGGCUGCAGGAUGAAAUUACUGAACUCUACGAUCUGUGCGUG